AUCAAAAGCAGACAUCCAGCUCGUCUGUGUUCAGUGGCUUUACCGGCAGCGUCCUUCUCUCAGUCAACAUGACUUGUGUCAGCGAUCUCCCAAACGUUCUACCAGCUGUGCUGAUAUGGUUAAUGAGUUUUAAGAGUUGCUUGUCUCAACAUGAAGAGAAUACAACUAUCUACCCGGACAAAAUCAGCUCCAUGAUUGACCCAGACAACAGCUCCAUAAACGACCCAGACUAUAACAGCUCCAUGAACUACCCAGACUAUAACAGCUCCAUGAACUACCCAGACUAUGACGACUUUUUCUGUGUGAAGAAAUCCAACCGCCAGUUCCGCUCCUGGUUCAUGCCUACCUUCUACUCCAUCAUCUGCUUCCUGGGGCUGACGGGGAAUCUACUGGUCAUCCUCACCUACUUCUACUUCAAGCGUAUCAAGACCAUGACAGACGUGUACCUGCUCAACCUGUCCUUUGCGGACCUGCUCUUUGCUGUGUCGCUCCCCUUUUGGGCGGCCAACUGCAUGGUAGAAUGGGUGCUGGGCCUGGCGUUGUGCAAAGCCAUGCACACCAUUUACAAGGUCAGCUUGUACAGCAGCAUGUUCAUUCUCUCUUUCAUCAGCGUGGAGCGCUACUUCGUCAUCGCCAAGGCAGUCACCGCUCACCGCUACCGCUCCCGGGCAGUGUUUCUGGGCAAGGUGUCAUCAGCUGCCAUCUGGGUGAUGGCACUGAUCUUCUCAAUACCAGAAAUGAGGUACACCACAAUAAAUAACAACACCUGCACCCCUUACUCCAGCAAUUCUGACAAGCUGCGUGUCAGCAUCCAAGCGAGCCAGAUUGUUUUGGCUUUUGCCUUCCCGCUCCUGAUAAUGAGCAUCUGUUACAGCAGUAUUGUUCAGACCCUUUCCAAGGCUCGUAGCUUUGAACGCAAUAAGGCCAUCAAGGUGAUUCUUGCUGUGGUAGCCGUCUUCCUGGUCUGCCAAGUGCCUUAUAACCUGGUCUUAUUUGUGAACACAGUCGUCACAGCACAAGGAGGAACCACAGACUGCAGCUAUGACAACAGUCUCCUCUAUGCCACCGAUGUCACCCAGUGCGUGGCCUUCCUGAGAUGCUGCCUGAACCCCUUCGUCUACGCCUUCAUCGGUGUGAAGUUUCGUCAUGACCUCCUGAAGCUACUGAAGGACUUGGGUUGCAUGAGCCAGGGGAGGUUCUUCAGCUACAUCUACGGCAGAAGGAGGAGCUCAGGGGCCACCGACACUGAGACCACCACCACCUUCUCUCCUUAAAGCUCUUUCAGCACGGACAACCGCCUAUUCACACCUGCAGACCACACAGUGGACUGUUGAACAUUAGGAUACAAGUCUCAAGUAAAAAACAUACAGUAUGUUGCAUGUACAUAGCAGAAGUUAUUAUAUAAAUGACAAUUGUGUGAG